AAUUUUAUCGAUCUGUUCUGUAACAUGAUGGGCACUUUAGGCGUUAGGCAGCCGACGAUGGAGUGUCUAUGCUUUUAAGAUUCCACUUCCAGUCAUUCUAAAAUUGAUACUUAACGUAUUGCCAUAAAUUCGUAAUUAUUUCAUAAUCAGUAACUCGUACUGGCAUUUCCCAAUUCCAUGCGCUUUAUAACAAACAUACCGUGCGCUUUUUUUAUGUGUUGAUUGUUUUAUCGACGCCGAAACGCUGAACUCUGUGACUGUAUAUGGUAAAAGAUGAGCAGGAAAAAUAAUUCGAGCUGUGAGCUGGGCUUUGCUCUUGACUUGUACAAUGCUGCGGCCGAUACGGUACCAUCAGCUUCCAAUCUGAUUAUUUGCCCAUAUUCCGUUGAAAGCGUUUUAGCAUGUUUCUUGCCGGGCACAGAUGGCGAAAUCCACAAGAACCUGCUGCGGUUAUUAUGCCCAAAGGGGAGAUCCGUCACCGAGUUAUGUUAUGAGCUGUUCUCCAGGACAGCAGACAAUAUUAUCCAAGCCAACGCCGUUUUCUACGACGUUAAAGCUACCUUAGCGGCAGCCUACCAAGAUGCCUUGAAGAUUUAUGAGAGUAUACACUUUUUCAGCGUUCCCUUCGAAACUGACCCGCAACAAACUGUGGAAGCUAUCAACAACUUCCUGCUCCAGCAUUCGUCAGGUAACAUUGAUGAUAUUUUGCCGCGACUACGGUUAGAUGAUGUUCGAGAAAGCGAUUUAAUUUUGCUAUCGACCAUCAACUUCUCCGGAGCGUGGGACUUUCCUUUUGAUCCGGAAUCCACUUGCCACCGAAUGUUUUAUUGUGCAGACGGCACACAACGGCAUAUACCUUUUCUAAAUUCGGAGAUGGAUUACUAUCGCUCCUACAACGUUGACGCGCAGAAGCAAACAUUAUCGCCACAUGAUCCCAAAGUGUUGAUAUUAGACAUCAGCGGAAAAAACUACAGUGUUAUGUUUUUAUUACCGGAAGAGAGUCCAGACGGUCUCCGACAGAUGGAAAGCAGUUUAAAUCCCAGUGCUCUGAUCGAAUGGAGAAAGAAGAGCAUCGUCUCCGAAAUCAUGGUCGCCUUGCCGAAAUUCCGCAUUUCCACCAGCACCGACUUGAUACCAUGCACGAAAGCGCUGGGUCUCGCUGACAUGUACCGGCCCUCGAGUGACAUGUCGGGGAUGUUCGAACACAGAACGCUGACAAAGGUGGCUGACUUUGCGCAAAAUACCAUGUUUGAUGUCGAUGAGUAUGGAAUCAAGGCGGCAACUGUCACAAUUUCCCGAAACACAUACACAUGCAACUAUUUCCCAGCUUUCGAAGCGAAUCGGCCAUUUUUGUUGGUCAUUUGGGACAACAAUGCUGAAUUUCCGCUUUUCAUCGGGAGGAUUGCUGAUCCCAGUCCCAUGGUCACUUGAUACAAGCGCAACUACAGUUAUUAGGCGGCACUAUGUAUAAUGGCUCAAAGCGACAAGCAGAGGCCAAGUGGAGACUGGAGACGCCAAAGAAAGCAGCGCGUGUAUUUAAUCCACAAUAACUAUUAUUGUUUAAUUCCCAUUUAAAAUACUGUCUGCCAGCGCAGGCGUUUUUCCAUGUGGACUUUCUUUUUACUGCUUUCUGGCAAGCUUGGUAACUUUUAUCUUGAUCAAACCAAACAUAGCAUGAAAUUUUUUAAAAUAACCAAAAAAAUUUGCAUUUAGGGUUUCUAGCGCUUAGUGUACUAGUGCUUAGACGUAGCUCUUAGUGUACUACGGACAACUAAGUGCGUGACCGGCUGGGAAAAAUGCUUUGUCCAGUUUGCUUGAACAUAGAGGACCUUCGCUUUGGUCGAUUAUAAGUUGAUCUGACUGAACGAAUUUUAUUCUUGG